AUGGCCGAAGGCACCUACGAAUACGAAUGCAUGAGAGCCGAAUUGCUCGGCCUCGAGAAGCCCGAUUUCGACGAAUUCCUCAAGAGGAAGCAAGCCGAAGUCCAAUCCGAAGAACAAGAAAUCGAAGACUUGAAGAGCGCCGAAAGCGAAGCAGAACAAGUGACACACAUCGCAGGCGGCUUGGAGGAUCUCUCCAGUAUCCUCCAAGUGACCCAACGCAAACUCAACCGAUUCAAAGCAUCUUGCGGUUCGCUGACGAAUCUCCUCAAAAUCAAAAUUGGCGCUUCAACAGAAACAAAUGACGCUCCACAGGUCGUGGCCCACUCUGAAACUGGCGAAAAGAGCGAUUUAGACAAGAUUGAUUCGUUGAUCGCGAAGGCUGAGAACGCACAAUACAGUAUGGCUCAACAAAAUAAAGACAUGAAACGGUUUUUGAAUUAAAUGGACGAUUUUUUCUUGUUGUAGUGCUUCCAGCUUUUUUCAAAUGUCGCGAAAAAAGGCUCAACGUGAAUGUGAUUGUGCACAAAUCGAUUUUUUGCCUUUCAUUAAUUAUUAUAUCAUGUUUAAAUGUUUAUUAAUGUAGAUAAUGUGUGUUUCGAAUUGCGGAGGAGUCUGACAGCGGAAUUCUCUGCAAUUGAAAAACGAAAAAAAUAAAUGCAAAAUUUGAUUUACUUUA